AUGGCGAGCAGGACGGGGCUGAACACCACGGCCAGUCUGGAGCCACUGUCUGUCCCCAAGCAGUCCAUGGCCCAGGAGGUGCUGGGCCUCCUCUGCAUGGUCCUGCUCACCCUCAUCGCCCUGGUAGCCAACACCGUGGUGAUGGUCGUCAUUCUCAGAACCCCCCUUCUCAGGAAGUUCAUCUUUGUCUGCCACCUCUGCGCAGUCGAUCUCCUCUCUGCCAUUUUCCUCAUGCCCCUGGGGAUCAUCUCCAGCUCCUCCUGCUUCAACAGGGUGAUCUACAGCAUCGCCGAGUGCAAGGGCAUGAUGUUCCUGAACAUCUGCUUCAUCAGCGCCUCCAUCCUCACCAUCUCCGUCAUCAGCGUGGAGCGGUACUACUACAUCGUCCACCCUAUGAGGUACGAGGUCAAGAUGACCAUCAGGCUGGCAGCGGCCGGAGUCGUCUUCGUUUGGGUCAAGUCUGUUCUCAUCACCGUCUUGGCACUGGUGGGGUGGCCUCAGGGCAACGGGGCCACCAGCGCCAGCCGCUGCACGGUCUACUGGAGCCCCGGGGCCCACAAGAAGGUUUUUGUGAUCCUCUUCAGUGUCGCCUGCUUCGUCCUGCCCACCAUCAUCAUCUUCGCGGUGUACGGCAGGGUGUACCGCGUGGCGCGCCUGGCGUCCCUGCAGCACGCGCCGGCACACGCGCCCGCGCCGCCGCGCCGCGCUGACUCCGUGGCCAGCCAGGUCACCAUCGUCACUGCCAGGAACCUGCCGCUGCCCAGGCUGACGCCGGAGCGCUUUUUGGGGAGCAACAAGGCCAUCCUCACCUUGGUCCUCAUCGUGGGACAGUUCCUGUGCUGCUGGCUGCCCUUCUUCGCUUUCCACUUGCAUUCCUCUGUGGCGGGCAGCGCGGCGGGCGGCGGGCACGGCGAGAUGGUGGUCACCUGGAUCGCCUACUCCUCCUUUGCCAUCAACCCCUUCUUCUACGGGCUGCUGAACCGGCAGAUCCGGGAGGAGCUGGCCCGGCUCCGGCGCGGCUGCCUCGCCCGCCCGCUGGGCCACGAGCUCUGUCUCUCCGUCUCGGAGGCUUCUGUCCAAGAAAACUUCUUGCAGUUCCUCCAGAGAGCGACUUGCACGCUGGAGACUCACGCCAGCUGCAUCAGCCCCAGCCCCAAGAACAGGCUGGACCAGCCCAAGAUGGGCUUCCCCGUCCCAGAUCAAGCUCCUGAGGAGAGCAGCUGA